GAUGCUUGUCCAGUUCUGAAACUAUAGGUCACUCUGGAAAGUGAGCUAAGCUCCAAUGGUGGAUCACGUCAAAAAGUGGAUGGGGUUCUGGUCCCUGACACUAGCUUUCUAGAGAUCUACAGCUUCCUAAUUCUCCAAACUUUGUUAUCCUGGAUCCGGAUGAAAUUAAUCACUGCAAACAACACUAUGUUCCUUUACAAUCCUUUUCUAGCCUGUAAGCAGGAGAAGCUUGUGUUUCUGAUCACUUCCUGUUUCUCCUUUCAUGGCGAGUUGCUCUUUGAAGGGCCGUUCUUGAGCUCAGAGCAUACCGAGCUGAUGAAACAUGGCUUGAACGAUGGUUCAGCUUCACAGGGGAGCAGAGUCCAUUGGCUCCUAUACUGCGGAAACCUUUUUCUGGCCGUUCUGUUCCAUCUACAAAACAUACUGCAUCUCGGCCCCACCAGGAGAGCCAGAAAUUUCAUGGGCAUGCACUGCCACAGGAGACAGGAAACAGAGCCAUUCUUGCCUGUCAGCCAGCCCCAAUAUGGAAGAAGAGUGUGAACAUGGCCCCCAAAAGGACCCCACAAGGCAGUUGCCCCUGGACUCUGAACAAGGGCUGACAAAAGGUCCAAAGGAGAAAGAGCUCACCCCAAAGAAACUGCAGCUCCUUCUGGUGGGGAAAACAGGAAGUGGAAAAAGUGCAACAGGAAACAGCAUCCUUGGCAGGCCAGCAUUUGAGUCCAAAAUCAGCGCCAGAACAGUGACCUUGACCUUCCAGAAAGGAGAGUGGGAUGGAAAGGAGGUGGAGGUGACCGACACCCCGGACAUUUUGUCACCUGAGGUGGCAGCUGAGAAGAUCUGUGAAGUCUUGGCCUCUCCAGGGCCCCAUGCAGUACUCCUGGUGAUACAGGUGGGCCGGUACACGGAAGAAGACCAGCAAGCUGCCAGGCGCCUCCAGGAGAUCUUUGGAGAAGGGAUCCUGUCUUACACCAUUCUGGUGUUCACUCGGAAGGAAGACCUGGCUGGUCUUCAAGAGAACAACAAUAAGAGCCUGGAUGAUCUGCAUGUUGCAUGUGAGAGGCAACUUUGUGGCUUCAACAACAGGGCACAAGGGGAUGAGCGGAAGGUCCAGCUGGAGGACCUGAAGGAGAAAAUCGAAUUGGUCUUGUCGGAAAACAAGGGCCACUGUUCCACCACAAAACUUCCAAAUGGUCCCAGCAAAGCAGUUUAACCACAGAUCAAGGCUCUGAGGAGGAAUCCCUUGAGGUGUCCUGGCUGAAAGGCUGUCCCAGAUCCAGAUGGCAUCUGAGAGACCUGUAGGUACCUGAAGGGAGGGCAUCCUGACAAGUGCAGGAUGACCAUAAGCAGGAGUGUCUUAGUUAGUCUUCUCUUGCUGUGAAGAGACACCGUGACGACAGCAACUCCUGUAAAAGAAAGUAUUUAAUUGGGACUGGCUUACAGUUUCAGAGGCUUAGUCCAUUAUCAUCAUGGCUGGGAGCAUGGCAGCAGGCAGGCAGACAUCGUGCUGGAGAAGUAGCUGGGAGUUUACAUCCAGAUCCUCAGACAGCAGUUUGAGGGAGACUCUGGGUUUGGAAUGGGCUUUUUGAAACCUCAAAACCCACUCCCAGUGACAUACUUCCUCCAACAAGGCCACACCUCCUAAUCCUUUCAAACAGUGCCACUCCCUGGUGACCAAGCUCUCAAAUCUACGAGCCUAUGGUGGACAUUCUCAUUCAAACCCCCACAAGGCGGUGACAUUCCAUCAGCAGCUGCACCCUGUGUCCAGCCCUUGUUAUCUGCUCCCUCUGUCUCCAAAGAGAACUUUCCAGUCCUUAGGUCAGACUGUCAGGUGUGGCAAUGGGGUGAGGUCUCAGUUCAGGGGACCCAGUUACAUUCUGUGUCCAGCUAUGCCAUUUCUUUCUGAACACAUGGGUCCUCCUUACACUUAGCCCAUAGCACAGCGCCCUGACAGGGGACUUUCUGUCCCACUGAUAUCACAUUUUUAUGUUCUGUGUCUAAUCUCUGAUACAACCAAAGUUCUUUGCUAUUGUCUGACUCUUUCUUUCAUGUAAGCUGCACAGCUGCUUAGCCAAGGCCAUCAGGGUUGAAUCAACCCAGGGACAGCCAUGGACCAGAUGGUUAUAUAUUUCUUGAGUUUCAUCCUUAUUCAUGAAAGGGGACAGACAUUAUGGUUACAAGAGGCCUGCCCUGUGUAGUGGGUAGAAAAUGACAACCAGACAGACUAGAGAGGCCCAGACCAGCAGUUAGGCUUUCUUCCACCAUGCGAGGUGUUUUCACAGGCUGUGCUCUAUAACCGUGUCCUAAGCACGGAUGUACUUCUAAGCUUUUAAGAGACUUUGCUGCAAUGACCACUUGUGCACAGUGACUAAUUCUAACCAUUUCUGUCCUUCCUGGGAUGAGGGGGUCAGCUAGGGCCUCUUCCAUCUUUUGCGAGCUAAGAACAGUUGAACCAAAUGUAUGCAAGCAGACCACCGUGCAAGUGCAAACCUUGUAACAGAUCUGAAGGCAGAGAGGACAUGGCAGAGACUCCAAGGAGUCAGACAUCUGAGGGAGCCAACCCAGAAACCUUGCCUGUGUGCUGUCUCCCUGGGCUUCACCAUAGGCUCCCAAUAAAGUCGUGUUCCGUGGAUACCACUCGCCUGUUUGUGAUUUUUGUCUGACUUGGGAAAAGAACUUUGAAAUGAUUGGUAACCACAGAGGCUCUGACAUGCAUGGCAAGAUAUAUCCUGGGCCAUGGAAGAAUGUGAAGACGUACCUAGAGAAAGGCUAAAUCAAUACAUAAAUAAUAAAAAUGACACUGGCACUUGA